CUUAGUGAAUGAAGUGUAGGCGUGGCCAGCCCGCACCAUAUGCGCACACAGCUCGGGGGAUUCCUGGGUCUACGCGUGAUAUGACAGGGAUUCGGUGACUAGGGCUUUCCUUCCGGGUCCCACCUCAGUGUGCCGCAGCUAUGGAGCUGGCCGCUCGUGUAGCGUGGAGGCGCUGUGUGGCUCUCCGUGCUCCUCCGGCCGCUGCCAGGUCUUUAGUCAGCUGUGCCCCGGUGCCCUGUGUCCUGCCCCGUCGUGUCUCCUUGUCCCUGUGUAGUAGAGCUGGCAGUACCUCUGUGUGCAGCCUCCGGUGUCCGGCGGCCCUCACCCUCCUGAGGACCCUGUGUGCAGGCAGUUCCCGGUGCUGGAGCUGUCAGGUCGGGCUCAGCGGCUCCGAGCUCUUCUGUCCGGCCUGCAGCUCUAUCCAGCCUCCUGUUGAGGGCAGAGACUACUACCAGCUCCUGGACUGUGAGCGAUCAUUUAAUAUUAAUAUUCAGGAAUUGCAGAGAAAAUAUAGGAAUCUCCAACGUUUUCUUCACCCAGAUUACUUCGGCCAGAAGUCAAAGCAAGAACAGGAUAUUUCUGAAAAACAGUCUUCCUUGGUUAACAAAGCUUACAACACCUUGUUGUCACCAUUAAGCAGAGGCAUAUAUCUGUUAAGUCUUCAUGGCAUCUCAAUUCCAGAAGGUACAGAAGGCAGCGUGGAUGCUCCUCUUUUGCUUGAAAUCUUAGAAAUCAAUGAGAAACUUAAUGACAUGAGCGCUGCAAAAGAAAUGGAAGAAAUUGGGAUGUUGGUACAAGAGACGUGUCAGUCAUUGACUGAAAAUAUUAGAGAAGCUUUUGAAAAAGGUGACCUUGAUUGUGCUAAAGUGUUACUAGUAAAGAUGAAGUACUAUGUAAACAUACUUGAUCAAGUGAAGAAGAAAAUGAUUCCGUAAUAAUUGGACUCUGCACCUCUGUUUAGUGUUGACAUAUACUGUGAGUGAUCACUAUGGAAUGAUCACCAAAUCUCACCAGGAAAACUGCCUUUUAGCUUCCAAGCAUUCUUACACAUACUUUUUAUUUUAUUUUUUUUCUCAACAACUAAAGACUUUAAAAGGAAUGACUAUUACGCACAUAUUUGGUACGACUCUGCUGAUCCACGUUGUCGUGCCCACUCCUUGAGGCUGCUGAAUGAUGUCAUCUGAUUGUGCUGUGGUGAACAAACAAGUGUUGAUGACAUGUUGUUAUUAUUGUCAUCUGGUUACAUUUUAAUAUAUCAAUGUAUUUUUAUCUGGUAGAUAACUGUGUUUGGGUUUGACAAUUGUUUUCUGCAGUGCAAUAAUAUUAAAUUAUAUUUUUUUAAA